GUGAAAUCCAUAGAUUAAGGCCUAAUGAAUUUAUUUCGAGUAAAAUCUUUUGAUGAGUGUUAAAUUUAUAUUUUUGUUUAGUAUAGAUAGUCAGUCAGACAGACAGAUCGGCUCCUCCUCGUCCCUACGACAGCAGCACAGCCGUGCUUAAGAAAACCUUUGAAAGAACCUGUUAACGUGAAGCCAUACAAAUUCCAAAAAGCAUACUUUUUCAAUAAUGCACAUACAAUGGACAUAGACAGGCUAGGUCUGAUAGUCUGUCACGUUCUGUGUUAACUGUAGGCCUAUUUGUGUUUAGUCAUAUUACUGAAAAUGUAAAUGCUCUGUCUCUUUCUGUUACAGGAUUUAACAUUAGACACUUGAAGAGAGGCAUAGUGGCUCCCCCCACUGGUGGUGGCUGGGAUCACUUUACUUUUGGGGACCAGUGGAAGACAUACAUUUCUUAAUGGCUUAACAAAAAUAGAUGGCUAACCAGACACCUGGAGAACAUAUGCUUGAAGUUGCAAGUAGGUGAGGUUUUGAUUGGCUGAGGUUCGAGAAGCAAGGCCUCACGAAUCAGACCACAUGGAGGUUAAAGGGCGUCUCAUCACAUCCAUGGGUGUGCGGUCUCCAGAUCAGGACAGCAAGCUGCAAGCUGAGCGCAUCUCCGCACUACAGGAGAGAAAGCAAAUCCUGGAGGACAUCCUCAGCAGCCGAAUGGGAGAGCUGAGACAAGUGUGUCUGCUGGAGGCGGAGCUGACCGGGAUGGUCCCACAUGCUUUUCCCCUGGAGACAGGAGAGAGAUCUCCUGUUGUACAGCGCAGGGCUGGACUGGCACAUUACAACACCAAGGGAGAGGAUGAGUCAGGUCAGCGAAGGCAGAUGAAAACACUCUUCAGUGGGGCUCUGUACAGACACUCAGAGUCAGACAGGAAUGUCCCCAACAGCAGGAGGACCGUCCACCGGGGAUGUCACACAGAGGACACAGUGAUGUCGGAGAGUACUAGCUCCAUGUCAGAUUCAACGUGCCAUGACAAAGAGGAGUCCUCUCCCAGUGUGGCAGAAGACCACCGCUCCAUGUCCCAGCCCCGUCUGGGCAGCCCAGACCACCAGGUCUGUAGGAAACUGUCCCCAGUGGAGAUAUACUAUGAAAUGAGAACACGCCGUAACUCUGUGACCAGCUCUAUCAGCCCUAGUCAUUCUCUACCAAGGUGUGCAUCUAAUGUUGAAGGCAGAAGUGUUCCUGCUACCCCCCUCCUCGCCCGAACCGCCCCAAUCAGUGUUCAUGUCAGAUCAGAUGACUCUGGUGGGAUUUCACUAAAGCAGUGGUCUGGCAGCCUGGAUGUACCACAUAUGGAGCCCCUGGCCCAGGAAGGCUCCUCCUCGGAGCGCAGAGGCUGCCCUUACAGCUCCUGUGCCCGGCGGAGCAACAGUUCUGAGGCCCUGCUUGACCGCUCCAGUCUCCCCGAGGACCCAGCCCCCAGGAAUGGGAUGCCCCCCAGAGGAGGGCCUUACAAAAGUUCUGAGGCCCUCACUGACGGCAAGCUGAGGCACAUCCACCUGGGCAGUCCUGAGAGACAGGAGCAGGCCAACCUGCGGCUGUCCAUGGGUGGGAGAGUAGAAGCAGCAGAAGGAGGGGGUUACAACGAGCUCCUAAUGGAUUACAUCUGGGGAAAGCAACAGAGGAUGCAAGUGCAACACCAGCUGUACCAAUCAACAGGUAGAAUCUGGCAGGACAUUUCCUCUCCUCGAUCGUCCACUGCUGCAGUGCCUCCUCCCGCCAAUGGCUUCUCCCACUCCCAGGUGCAUCUUCCCAGCGCUACUCCUUCCUACAGUCCCAGAGUGAUCCAUAGCUCCCAGGCAGAGCCUCGCAGAGUCAAAGUCACCCGGACCAAGUCCUGCGGACCCUUCAUCCCCCUGCAGCAGGACGCCAUCCUGCUCUCUGCCUAUGAGUCUCCCCACCCUGCCCCAAGCUCCACUACCUCCUCCAUUCCCAACCUGCACCCCUUCCAGACUGAGCUGUCCGGCCCAUCAUUCAAUCGCAGGCCUCCCCAGUUCUCUCUCCCCACCCCUGAGGACUCGACGAGGAGUCUGCAUAAAGCCUUGGCGCUGGAGGGUCUCAGAGACUGGUAUCUGAGGAACGCCCUCGGCUACCCUACCACUACAUUGAAGGGGCAUGAUGCAGGGGUCUCCCGUCUCUCAUACCCCCACCCUUUGGUGCACCAGGCUCAGUCUAUACAAGGUGAUCCACUCCAUAGGUCCCAGAUGUCUCAGUCAGCCAGCUUCCAUGGCCACCCACUGCAUGGAAGGUCAAUGGAGUUCUCACUCUAUCAAGAGCCCAUUCAUCCUCAGAUGCAAGACAUGACAACAAAGGAGCCCAGUGCUGACCCUGGCACUUUGGUCUGAUGUAGUUGAAUAUAUAUUCAAACACACGUGCACAGACAGACAGACAGACAGACAGACAGGCAGGCGGGCGGGCGGGUGGGCAGGCAGUAAAAGGAGCUGAUAUAAGGUGACCUCACAAGCUAAGGCAGGCAGGCAGUAAAAGGAGCUGAUAUAAGGUGACCUCACAAGCUAAAAAAACAAACAUUACAACCACAGCAGAAAAAGACUGUAAAGCCGUUCUGAAUGCCCUCUGUUGAAAAUGAGCCCACCAACUUUUGACCCCUAGAUCGCAAAGCAAGAAAUGGAUUUGCACUGGAGCUGUCCCAGGAGUCACAGAAUAUAUUGUUAUUCUGUAGCUACUGUAUUGUAUUCUAUCGUUGGUCAGACCCAAGCCACAUGUAACAAACAUCCUCGUUGUUUAACCUAACAAAUCUCCCAAUAUAUAAUUUUUUACAGAAUAAAGUAUAUGUAUUCUAAAUUACUAUUUUGUAUCUUCUGAGAUAUAAAGAAUAGUUAUAUAAAAGAGGUCAUUUAGUGUCUUGUGAUUUACAAAAAUAUAUAAUGAACUCAUAUCAACUAAAAAGUAUUUAAACACACCAGUGAACGUGUAAAUUAACCUGUUUGUAAACAUGAAUAUAUAUGUCUUAUCUCUUCAUCUGUCCAUCAAACAUACGCAUUUCAACUGUGCUUGCUAUUUCUCAUGUUUUUCAAGCGAACACAAAUCCUUUCAAAGUUUGGUGUUCAAUCAACAAAUGAAAGAAAUUCCUGUUGUUGCCAAAUUGUUGUUUCAUGCAAGUUCUUUUUUUCUGCAUUUCCUAAGAGUCCAGCUGGUGAAAGGACAUAAUAGCCAAGUUCAGAUAAAAACCUGAGGACUUUUAGAGGUCUAUGACAGUCGUUUAAUGAACUUUCUAUUAAUUUCUAUUCAUUCAGUUGCGUAGCAUGUUUUCCUUCAGGGCACUUUAUGAACUUCAAAAGCCUUAACCAAUUGCAGUAGUGGGAUGGGGAAAUUGUCCCCAAGAGAGAACACACUAAAACCAGAAAAUGGUUGACAGCGUAUGAAUUUUGAGCAAAUAAGAAAAGUGUUACCAUGUUCAAGUCUACGUCAAGGUGGAAGUUUUGUGGCCCAUUUGGACAUUCACGAUCAAAGUGAUGUCGUGUAUAAUAUUAUGUAUUUAUAAGAUUGUAACAACAUUAUCAACAAUAAACCGCAUAUUUGGAUCUGUAUGUAUCAUGAUAAUAAGCUAGAUUUGAUUCUAAAUUCCUUUAUAAACUGAUGUCAACUUAAUGUGGAGAAAUGAAAAGGGGUCUAACUAGAACAGGGCUAGGGGAUGGGACUGUUGGCAUGAGCAGGCCUUAUGUCAGAACUCAUAAAUGUGGUAGUAAGAGAUUACGUUUCCAUUGUAUCAUGUAAUACGCUACUCCUAUUGGUGGCACAAUGUUAUCAUAAUGGUAAAAUUAUUUAAAGUAAUUAAUGCCAUUCCCAUAUACCACCGCAAUUCAAGAACGGCUCUUUUAUAAGCUUCCCACGACAUGUGCUUGUUUGUUCUUGUGUAUCUUAGGUUCAUGAUUAUACCGUUAUAAAAGGGCAUCACUAACAACCUGAAUGGUAGGAAAUGAAUACCUCUGGAAAGAAAUGUAUGAGUAGCUAAUAAUGAUCUUUCAUUUGAACUGAUUAAUGUCAUGGCUUCAUCUAUUGACAUGUUUUACAGGUAAAGCUAUUCCUUUUAUCUCAAGUACCUUUAAUGGAAUGUUAUAUUGGUUUUAAAUGUUGGUGUUUUCACAUUCAAUAGUUUGUGUGUGAAUUUCUUGAAGCUAGUCUAAACCUGAAACUGAUGACCAAACUGCUGUGCAUUGGGGGUCGUAAAUGUAUUUUUCAGGUGAUGUACUUAUGUCUGUAAAACAUAAAUGAAUAUACAUUUUGCUCGAAGGAAAUUUAUCCAGAAUAUAUAUUGUAUAUUUAUGAACUUAUAACAUUUUGUAUCUAUUUGUGAAAUACAUCAUAAAACUGUCAUAAACUGUCAUAAAACCCAUUCAGCACCAGCCAGAGAAGUGUGGUGUUAACUAACAUUUACAAGUGUAUUAGUUGUAGCUUU